GGCACCGCGUCCCGUUACCUCCCGGCAGCUCGUGGACCUGGACCGGACCGGACCGGAGGCAGUCCCGCGGGGUGACAGGAUUUGACACGACUCGGUGGCGACAGAAAAAUAAAACAUGUCCGCCAACAAGGACGACGGAGGCUGGAAGAAGUUCCUGUGGAACUCUGACACCGGGGAGCUGCUGGGCCGGACGGGAGGCAGCUGGAUCAAGGUCACUCUCUUCUACGUGGUCUUCUUCUUCUGCCUGGGUGGGAUCUUCGUGGGGACCAUCCAGGCCAUGCUGCUCACCCUGGACGACUUCAGGCCCACCUGGCAGGACCGAGUGGCUCCUCCCG